AAGUCCCGCCUCCCUGCUUCCGUCGAAUGCACAACAUCCAAAAUGUCUGCCGCCAUUUCUUCCCUCGUUUCGUACGGCAGCGAUUCUGAUUCAGAAAAUGAGUCGGAAUCCAAGACUGGUGCCGAGAGAGUGGACCAGGUGGACCCGGACGCCACGGCCCACCUCAAACCUUUGCAGGCUGGACAAACGAUGACGCUGGCUGUCCUCAAUUCUGCCCCCGAGGUCGCCGUAAAGGAGGCUGUGGAGACUGGCACUCACCUGGACCCUUCGCUGAAAGAAGUAACUUUUAACCCGACAUACGAAACCUUGUUUGCACCAGAGUUCGGGCCAUUGAACCCAUUUAAAAGCCAGCAGAUGGCCGCCCCCAGGAACAUGUUGUCUGGCUAUGCAGAACCCGCUCACCUCAACGACUUCAUGUUUGAACAGCAACGGAGGACCUUCUCCACUUUUGGUUAUGCUUUGGAUCCCUCUGUUGACACACACCAUGUGGCCACUGGUAGCUUCAUUGGUGCAGUAGAUGAGGCUGAGAAAAACAAAGGGUUAACUGUGUUUGAGAGUGGACAAAAGAAAUCAGAGAAAAGGAAAAAGGUCAAAGGUGGAGAAGCAGGAGAGAUUGACGGCUUCCUUGGACCCUGGGCAAAAUAUGCAGAUGAGAAAGAUCUGGCCAAACCAUCAGAGGAAGAGCAGAAAGAGCUGGAUGAAAUCUUGGCCAAGAGACAGAAGAAGGGGAGGAAUGAGGAAGAUGCUCCAGCAGAGGAGAAGACCAUUCUCCAUGUUAAAGAAAUGUAUGAUUACCAGGGCAGGUCCUACCUCCACGUCCCACAGGAUGUGGGCAUCAACCUGCGUUCUGCAGAUGUUCCAGACAAGUGUUAUCUGCCUAAGAAACAGAUUCAUGUCUGGACUGGACACACCAAGGGUGUCAGCGCGAUCCGACUAUUUCCUAGCUCUGGCCAUCUACUGCUCUCCAGCUCCAUGGACUGUAAGAUCAAGCUGUGGGAGGUGUACGGCGAGAGGAGGUGCGUACGGACAUUUAUCGGCCACAGCAAAGCAGUACGAGACAUUUGCUUCAAUAACAGCGGGACCCAGUUCCUCAGCGCUGCCUAUGACCGCUACCUGAAACUCUGGGACUCUGAAACAGGUCAGUGCAUCUCCCGCUUCACCAACAGAAAGGUCCCGUACUGCGUCAAGUUUAACCCAGAUGAGGACAAACAGAACCUGUUUGUGGCCGGCAUGUCAGAUAAGAAGAUUGUUCAGUGGGACGUCAGGACGGGCGAGGUGGUUCAGGAGUAUGACCGUCACCUGGGAGCCGUCAACACCAUCACCUUUGUUGAUGAGAAUCGUCGGUUUGUCAGCACAUCGGAUGACAAGAGUCUUCGAGUGUGGGAGUGGGACAUCCCUGUGGACUUCAAGUACAUUGCUGAGCCCAGUAUGCACUCUAUGCCAGCUGUGACACUCUCUCCCAAUGGUAAAUGGUUGGCAUGUCAGUCUAUGGACAACCAGAUUCUCAUCUUUGGAGCCCAAAACCGCUUCAGGCUUAACAAGAAGAAAAUCUUCAAGGGCCACAUGGUUGCUGGCUAUGCCUGCCAAGUGGACUUCUCCCCAGACAUGAGCUAUGUGGUUUCAGGAGAUGCAGAUGGAAAGCUGAACAUUUGGGAUUGGAAGACCACCAAACUUUACCACAGGAUCAAAGCUCACGACAAGGUUUGCAUCAGCGCCCUGUGGCAUCCACACGAAACCUCCAAGGUCAUCACCUGCGGCUGGGACGGACUAAUCAAACUCUGGGAUUAGAAACUGCUCGGCGUGUGUGUCUUUGGGAAUGGGGAGUGUCUGGGAAAUGAUGGGCAAAACUGAACUGGUUCACCGAAGUGACUGAAAGGGUUAGUUUUGUCCCGAGGUUUUUUUUUUUUUUUGAGUGAAAGCCACAGGACUGGUAUCCAGUCUUAUUGUAGCAGCGUUUAUUGUUUCCCAUAAGAGCGCAAAUAUGAACUCAUGUAAUAUCUGUACAAAGGUAAGGUGAACACAUGCAUACUUUUAAAAAUGGUUUAUACUACCAAGUGCACAUUGCAGGGCUGCUUUGGCUUUUUUUUUUUUAACCAAAUGUUUUAAUUUGAAUUGGCAUUGUUCUGUGUAGUAUGCGUUUGUAAUCCUCGGUAAAAUUCUUUGUUUUCAAUCGUCUGACCAUCCCUUUGUGGAAAUAAACAUUCAGUAGAAUUCUUUCUUAAGAAAAUUAA